UCGGCACGGCGUUUCACUAAAUGCGUGUACUUGUUUAUACAUUUGGAAGUCUGAAAUGUUUGCUUGGGUUCAGUGAAACAGGAUGUGGUCUGUAUGAUCACACUUGUCUCUAUUUAUACCUGUACGGGUAACAUUUGGCUAAAAACCUAAUCGCAUUUCAAUCACUAAAAUGCUUGUGCAUCUGCAGCCUGAUCUGUGUGAGAGGAGUAGUAGGACUCUGUAUUGAGUUUCCGGACAGCUGGACUAACGUCAGAAACAAAGUCGUGGUUUGGCCCCGUCACCAUAAACUGUAUCUGGGCACUCAGGUCGAGAAGGCAGAAGCAUCAUCCUGAGCGAGAUCCACCAGCUGACAUCAAGAGAGCGACUGUGAGGGUGAAGGCGUGCCAGCGGGUCCCGGGACUGACGAUCGGCAGCUGGAAAGAGGGGCUGAUAUGAGGGCUGUACAUCUGAGUCUUCUGACCUUCCUGCUAAAUCUCUGGAUUGUUCUCUCCAUCCAAGGUCUUGACUGUGUCAAUGACUAUGUCAACAACAUCACCUGUGUCUGGAACUGCUCCACAGUAGGUCCAGGGGUGGUCUGCCAUCUCCAAGGGCAAAAGGCUAACAAUGUCAGGAUAUGUGAUCUGAAGCCUUUGUUGGGAUCAGACGGCACUUUGAGGGGCUGCCAUCUUGUUUUUGUGUCUAAUCAAUUUAUUUUUCGGGACAAGAUACCACUUAAUGUUACAUGUAACAACUACAUGGUAUUCCGUAUACCCGAUUACUCACCAGCAAGAAACAUCAAAAUGCACCCUCCUGGCAGGCCCACCGUACUCAAAUCCAACAUGUCCUGGAGUCCCGGUCACCCUUUGUCACCUUACAUAUUUGAUUACGAGUUUCAAAUGCAGUUCAAGCUUGAGAAACAUGGAUGGGAGGUGGCGCGGGACGUCUAUUCUAAACGGAAAAUGUGGGUGGAGCUAAAUGAAGACAUACUGGAGAAGGCAGCGCUGUAUCAGGCCCGGGUUCGGGUCCGUCCGGUAGAGAAACUCUCAGGGGCUUGGAGCGACUGGAGCCCCACCACUUCCUGGAGGCCAGAGAAUAUGCCCCCCUCUCAAGGUAUCGUGCCAUUAAUGCUGGGUGGUCGUCAAGGUCAAGAUCAAGGUCAAGGUCAAGGCUUUAACUGGAGUGUGGAAGUCCCCGUGGUGCUCGUGCUCAGCUUCAUGUUCAUCAUGAUCUUGAUGGUGUUCCUAUGCCGCACCUACCAGGAGAAAUGGUUCUACCAGGUUAAAUGUCUGCACAUCCCCGAUCCCUCGAAAUAUUUUGCCAGCCUCCACUCCAUUCACGAGGGAAACUUCCAGAAAUGGUUAAGUCCCAUGUUCUCGCCGGAGUCUUUCGACAUUCUACGCAACUCCGAGGAUAUUUCGGUGCUGGAGAUCUCCAAAGAGAAAGUCACCCCGGCUUACCUGGAGUUCAGCAACCUGGCCAAACAGUGGGACAGUAGUGGUCAUUCCACCUUCUCCAACUUAGGAUACCUAUAUUCCAAAUACCCCAGCUCCUACGAGAUCGAGCCCUGCUCCGUCUACUUCAGCUACCAGCCGGGUGAGGGUCAGGACGAUCAGGACGACAGCUCUUAUGAACAUUCUCUUCAAACGAGCUCCUCCUAUGAGUGUCUAGCAAAGGACGGAGACUUCCACAGGCAUGUCGAGGUGCCCGACUCAGGCUUCGGGACUGGGCAGGAGGAUCAGGAAAUGGAGGAGAAUGAAGAGGAGAAGGUGGAGCUGAACAGCUUUGGAGAAUCAGCACACUGGCCUGCUCCUUUAGUGGCGUGCCCUUCAUCCAGAGCAGUCGUCUGUCCUGCAGGCUCCUCUCAGCCCUUCCACAGCUUCCCACAGCUUCCCUACCCCUAUCCUGUUCCCCGUGACAUGGGUUUAGCAGAUAGGCCCAGUGCCCCCGUGGAAUCAUUUGGUAUAACCCCCGGCAGGUUCUCCUCGGUGAAACUGGAGCCCUCCAAUGGUGGAUACCUGUCACUGCAGGAAAUGGAGCUCACUGGAGGCAACAAGUCCAUCUGAAAAGCCUACAAGUCCCAUCAGUACUCGCAGUAUAAUCACGCAGGGACGGAUUACGGACCGGGCCAGCGGGGCCUCUGCCCAGGGGCCCUUAGGGUGCAGGGGGCCCGUGGGGCCCCUAGCCCAAAACAAUUUGCAACGCUUAUCAACAAUGUAUUUU